AUGUAAAUGACAACGCUCCCGUCUUCACGCAGGAGCUGUACGUUGGGCAGGUUUUGGAAAACGCGCCGGAGGGCUCUGUGGUCCUCAGCGUGGUGGCAACCGAUGGUGAUGUGGGAGUUAACGGGGACAUCAGCUAUCAGCUCAGCCAAGCGGUGGGCCAGAGCCACUCAGCAUUCACAAUUGACCCCACGAGCGGUGAAAUCAAACUCACAAAGCCUCUGGACUUUGAGGCGGCAGAGAAUCACGAGCUCAGCGUGCGGGCCACGGACGGUGGGGGCCUCUCGGCAAUCUGCAAGGUGUUGGUGGAGGUGGUGGAUGUGAAUGACAAUGCACCGGAGCUGACGGUCAGUUCCUUCAACAGCCCCCUUCCCGAGAACGCAUUGCCCGGGACAGUGGUGGCCCUCUUUACUGUCAGGGACCGGGAUGCUGGUGCCAACGGGAAGAUCUCCUGUGCCCUCGAAGACCAGCUGUCAUUCUCCCUGCGGCCAGCCUAUAAGAAUUACUACGAGCUGGCGACCGUGAGCGCGCUGGACCGGGAGGAGACGGCGCGGUACAUCCUCACUGUCACAGCAGCAGACGCAGGGUCACCUCCUCUCACGACCACCCAGACCUUCACGGUAGACAUCUCCGAUGUCAACGACAAUGCACCUGUCUUCAACCAGACAUCGUACACCAUGUACGUGC